AUGAGGUGGUUGAACAGCCUGAUAACCCUAAGCUUGCUCACCUCGCUGGCUCUGGCAUUCCCGGCGAAACAGGAACAUUUCGAAGCCGAAACCUCUUUGCGCAAGUCGUAUAAACACAGGCCUCAGGAGAAGGGUGGGAUCGCAUGGGAUAAGAACAGUUUGAUCAUCGAUGGAGAGAGGAUCGUCUUGUGGCAAGCAUCUCUUGAACUCUUCUCAUGGAGACUCCCCGUUCCGUCCCUCUGGCUGGACGUCUUACAGAAGAUCAAAGCGCUAGGCUUUAACGCUGUCUCGUUCUACUCCCACUGGGGUCUUAACAACCCUUCAAAUGGCACAUUAGAUUUCACGGGCUUUAGGGAUUAUCAACCGUUCUUUGAUGCGUGCAUGCAAGCCGGGUUAUGGGUUGUGGCUAGGCCCGGACCUUAUAUCAAUGCCGAAACCACAGGAGGGGGAAUCCCAGGUUGGGUCCUCGCUACCGACGCCCGAACCCGAACUUCCGAUCCGAAAUUCGAAGCCGCUUGGAAGCCUUAUUGGACGGCCAUGGGAGAGCUUUGCGCGAAGAAUCAGUGGAGCGAAGGAGGGCCGGUCAUCAUGGUACAGAUCGAGAACGAGUACUUCUUGAACGGUAAAGGCGACAUGGACCUGGAUUACAUCAAGGCGCUCGAGAAGGGCAUGAUCGACGCCGGGGUCAAAGUACCCCUGAGUUUCAACGAUGUCGGGAUGAAGAACCGACUCGUCAAAGGACCCGGCCACGUCGACUUGUACGGGUUCGAUUCUUAUCCUCAGAGCUUGGACUGGGAUGCCUGUGGGGCUCAAGAAUGGAGACCGGUCGAUGAGAGGUAUCACGAUUACUUCGAGUCGACUUUGGGCAAGGUUGGAGUGCCCUUUUAUAUCCCCGAGUUCCAAGGAGGAACGAUCAAUCAGUGGACCAUGCCGAUCGCCGAGGACUGCCAGCGCUUGUUCGGAGCCGAAUUUGAGAGGGUGUUUUAUCUGCACAACUUGGCUUCGGGAGUAAAAAUGCACAACGUAUACAUGACGGCUAUACUGAUUCGCUCGAUUUCGAAAACAGGCACGAACUGGGGCGGGUUGGCUUUCCCGCCGAGUACGACCACGUACGACUACUUUGCGGCUAUCAGAGAGGACAGGACGUUGCGUCAACCCAAGUAUGGCGAGCUCAAGGUCAUCUCCCACUUCCUAAGAUCGGCGAGAGAUUACCCAGACGCGCAGGUAGUAGGCAAAUGGAAAGUGGAUGGGGUCGGUUUAGAGGCGGAAGGCGCGGUGGUAGUGACCGAGUUGGAGAACAAGGAUACGAGGGGAAAGUUCUAUAUCGUCCGCCAUGCCAACUCGAGUUCGCUCGAGACCACCGAAUUCAAGCUUCGAAUUCGUUCUGGGUCCCAUAAGCAGACGAUAUUGCCUCGAAGCGGCCACCUGACUCUACGAGGACGCGACAGUCGGAUCAUUGCGACGGGGUUCAACUUUGGGAAAAGCAGGAUCGCCUAUUGCACCGCUAGGAUUAUGCUCGCCACUACCAUCGGUGAAGAAGACAUUCUGCUCGUCUACGGGGACAAAGGUGAAAGUCACGAGAUUGGUUUCGUUGAAGACGGUACUUCGAAGUUGGCCGUAGCGCAGUCUGAUCAGGAGAUCAAGCUCGAAAACGGAGUGGCGUCGUUCCGAACUGGAAGCGCGGCUGCUGUUCAAUCGACGCUUCUGAAACGCGGCAAGCGGGACAUGCGGGUGCUCGUUGCGGACACGGCUACCGCGUAUGCUGUUUGGCAGCCUGUGUUACGAAACGAAGAUAGUCAAGAUCCUCAACAGGCUUUCUACCGGCACAAGGACGGCGACAACGUCAUUGUCGUCGGGCCAUAUCUGGUUCGAGACGCCGUCCGCAAGGGCAAUGUGCUAGAUGUCAUCGGUGACUUGAGUGCAUCCGUUUCGCUCUUUGUCAUCGCUCCUCCAGACAUCGAGUCCGUGCUAUGGAAUGGCGAAGAUGUGGGUGCCGAAAAGAACGAUUGGAACGCUUGGGUGACGGACCUCGUUGGACCCGAGUUUUCUAAGGACAUCACCACAGAUCUGGCACCUUGGCGAUACGCGGACAGCCUUCCCGAGAUUGGCUCGUUUGACGAUUCAGAUUGGGUCGAUGCCAACCACACCUCUACAGGCAACCUGCACAAGCCGUACAAGAACUACAAGAGUAGUUCCAUCUUGUACGCUCAAGACUAUGGGUAUCAUCAAGGCAAUCUGCUGUUUCGCGGGCAUUUCAACGCUACCGGUCGCGAAGAACGACUGGAUCUAUCUCUCUCGCCCGGACGCUACGGAGCAGGCUCUGUCUGGCUGAACGGCGAGCACCUCGGAUCUGGUUCGGUGCCCAUCGACAAGAUCCGGUCGGAAGACGUCAACGUAUCGUUUGCCUUGACGCCCUCGCUGCUGCGAAUUGGGCAAGACAAUGUGAUCGUUGUGUUGACCGAUCACAUGGGGUACGAGGAAGCAGGACAGUUUACCGACAAUACAGAGGACGUAAAGAGUCCCCGGGGCAUUCGCGGCUACGAGCUCGUCGGUGGAAGCGAGAUCUCCUGGAAAGUCCAGGGUAACGCUGGUGGCAACUGGGCCCCGCAGGACGACACACGAUCGAUGCUGAACGAAGGAGGUCUAUUUGCCGAGCGACGAAGAUGGCAUCUGCCCGAGUACGAUACGUCUUCCUGGCCUGAACGCGCUCCUACCGACGGCCUAGAGAAACCUGGCGUAGCGUUUUACCGAUCGAGCUUCGAUCUCCACGUCCCCGAAGGACUCGAUCUCUCACUCAACGUGGUCUACCCCGAUGGAAUGGGUCCCUUCCGCUUUCAGUGCUGGAUCAAUGGCUGGAUGGUUGCGAAACGGGUUGGCGACCUUGGACCGCAGCUCGAAUUCCCCGUCCCGCCCGGAAUACUCGUCAAUGGCACCAACGUGAUCGCCGUAUCAUACUGGUCGCUCAGAAGCACUCAACGCUCCAAGGUAAACAACGGAUUUGAUGGCAUCAAGGUGGUGGUGUCUCGUCCGAUCAAGACUGGCUACGAUAUGCAACCCGUUUGGCAGCAGUAUGUCUGA